UUUAAAAUUCAUUAAUUUUUCUAUUCGGAAAUAAAACAAAUUUCAAUCUAAAUUGUGUGUCAAUUAUAAAUGUAUCGUCUACGAGUGAACUCAUGAUUCAUUUGUUGAGUAUCAGUGAUUGGCAAUCGAUCAAACGUUGAUCCAGCAAAUUUGUAAGGAUAAUUCAAGAAAAAGUCACAACAUCAUAAAAAUGGAGAAUCGUAAGAGACAAUUGAAAGCUCAUCGUCGGAAUGUCGCUCGAAAGAAUAUCAACAGCAUCUAUCAUGGAAGAUCUCACAAGCUACAAAACCUGGAGUUGUCAACUUAUAAUUCAGCUAUAAACAAUCAUCUUAAUCGUCGACCUUUACCCAGUCCUUCAUCAUCGAAUUCGUCAUCAAUGAAGGCGUUUAUAUUCAAUACCGAUUCGCUGGGACGCAAUCAAUACUUCCAAUCGAUUCCUAAGGAAUCAAAUGACCGAAGAGUUAUGAAGUAUCAGAAUACUCCAAAGACCUUGCUUUUCAAAAAUCCCUCCUUCAACAUGAUUUUGAGAAGAACUUUAAUUUUAGGAGGGCCAAACUUUAGCUUAAAUCUUGAUAAAAAUCAAUUAUUUGACAGAGUUUCAGGAAAAAGUUAUCCAUCUGAUCGUGAAAUUAUCUUUGGAAAUGCAAGAAAACUUCUUAGAGAAAACUACGGCUGGGAAACUUCACGAAUUCAAUGGUUGCUGGAUUUAGAACGAAGGCAUGUGGAACAUCAGAGCAAUAGAAAACAAUGUUACGAAGAAGACCUAGCGGAAUUGAUGUGCUGCUUUCCAAUAAGCUUGAAUAUGCUUACAGGGAAUGAUUGAAAUACAGUUUUUUAAGUAUUUAUGUGUGUAUAGGCAGAUUAUAUGUAAUUCGAAUGAAUUAAAUAAACAGAAGGAGAAGUUGUUUCUUAAUUUCAGCACAAAAACGCAAAAAUUAAGCUCAAUAAAUAA